AUGCAAAUAACCGGAAUUAAUUCAUUUUUAUUCGGUGGCCUUGGAGGUGGUGGAGGUUUGAGAGGAGGUGGAGGAUGUUGUUGUUGCUGUUGUUGUUGUGGAGGUGGUGGGGGAGGAGGAGGAUGUGGAGGUGGGUGCUGUGGAGGAGGAGGAGGUGGGUGCUGUGGGGGUGGAGGAGGAGGUUGCUGCGUAGGCGGUGGUGGAGGCUAUGGAGGAGGUGGAGGAGCAGUAGUUGUAAAUUGUGGUAAAGGAGGUGGCAACGGAUAUGGAGGUAGUUGUGGUGGUGGAGGUUACGGAGGUGGAGGAGGAUGCGGAGGGUGUGGAGGCGGAGGAGGCUGUGGAUGUGGAGGAGGGUAUGGAGGCGGCGGAGGCUAUGUAGGUCCAAGUUGUGGAGGAGGGUGUGGAGGCUGCGGAGGAGGAGGGGGUGGUGGAGGAGGCUGCGGAUGUGGUGGUGGAGGAGGAGGUUGUGGAGGUGGUGGAGGAGGAGGUUGUGGAAGGGGUGGCGGUGGAGGUUGCGGGGGAUGUGGAGGGGGUGGUGGAGGAGGUUGUGGAGGGGGUGGUGGAGGAGGUUGUGGAGGGGGUGGCGGAGGAGGCUGCGGAUGUGGUGGUGGAGGAGGAGGUGGAUGUUCAGGAGGAGGCCCUCCACAAGUAAGCUGUUCCGGAGGACCACCGCCAGUUGGACCCGCCAUCGAAUCACCCUGUGAACCCAAAUACGUUAUUGUCCGACCAGUUGGAGAAGGUGGUGGCGGAGGAGGAUACGCACAAAGCGUGCCAGUAGGAGGGUGUGGUAGUAGCGGUUGUGGAGGAGGGCCAAGUGGAUAUUCUACAGGACAAUAUGCAAAGGAAGGGCCUAUCAAUAUACAAGAACCAACAGCAUAUGUCCAUCAACAAAUUCCAUCAGGGUCCUAUUUAGAACCUGAAAAAAAUGUUGGAGCAACCUACCAACAACAGCAAGUUCCUCCCCAACAAUAUGAAGCAGUUGCAUCAGCUUCAGUCCAACCAGCCUCAACAGCAAACGAAGUUGAAGCAGAAGAAGUUGCAGCACCAAGUACACCAACAAGAGAACAAUUAAAACAAGAACCUUAUAAUAGAUUACAAAAAUCAGCAGUUAAAGCUCUACGUGGGUCAAAAACAACAAUUACAACAUUAACUAAAACAAGGUUAUACAUAGAACAAUAA